GCUGUGAAUGAGUUUGACACCAUGACUGCUGAGGACUCCACUGCAAGGAUGAGCAACGAUUCCUCCAACGUGACCACCCCAAAAGUCCCCGAAGGCGUUGCUGGUGCACCCAACGAGGCAGCUCUGCUGGCCCUGAUGGAGCGCACCGGAUACAGCAUGAUCCAGGAGAACGGGCAACGCAAGUACGGCGGCCCUCCUCCUGGCUGGGAGGGCCUGCACCCUCCUCGUGGCUGUGAGGUCUUCGUGGGAAAAAUCCCCCGUGACGUCUAUGAAGAUGAGCUCGUGCCCGUGUUUGAGUCCGUUGGCCGCAUUUACGAAAUGCGGCUGAUGAUGGACUUUGAUGGGAAGAACCGUGGCUACGCCUUCGUGAUGUACACACAGAAGCACGAGGCGAAGCGUGCCGUCAGGGAGCUGAACAACUACGAAAUCCGCCCCGGCAGGCUGCUGGGUGUGUGCUGCAGCGUGGACAACUGCCGGCUCUUCAUCGGAGGCAUUCCCAAGAUGAAGAAGAGAGAGGAGAUCCUGGAAGAGAUCGCCAAGGUGACGGAAGGCGUGCUGGAUGUCAUCGUGUAUGCCAGUGCUGCAGACAAGAUGAAGAACAGAGGCUUUGCCUUCGUGGAAUACGAGAGUCAUCGAGCAGCGGCAAUGGCCAGGAGGAAACUCAUGCCAGGAAGGAUCCAGCUGUGGGGACAUCAAAUUGCUGUUGACUGGGCGGAACCGGAGAUAGAUGUAGAUGAAGAUGUCAUGGAGACGGUUAAAAUCCUCUAUGUGAGGAAUUUAAUGAUUGAGACCACUGAGGACACCAUUAAAAAGGUCUUUGGGCAGUUUAACCCUGGCUGUGUAGAGCGGGUGAAAAAAAUACGUGACUACGCCUUUGUGCACUUUACAACCAGGGAAGAUGCCAUUCACGCCAUGAACAACCUUAAUGGGGUCGAACUGGAAGGGUCGUGUCUGGAGGUUACCUUGGCCAAGCCGGUAGACAAGGAGCAAUACACACGCUACCAGAAAGCAGCAAAAGGAGGGGCUGCGGCAACCCCUGACGUAACUCAGCAACCUAGCUAUGUUUACUCUUGCGAUCCAUACACGCUAGCAUAUUACGGCUAUCCGUACAAUGCCUUGAUUGGGCCCAACAGAGAUUACUUUGUGAAAGCAGGCAGCAUACGAGGCAGAGGGCGAGGUGCAGCUGGCAACAGAGCCCCAGGCCCCAGGGGCUCCUACCUGGGGGGAUACUCCGCCGGACGUGGCAUCUACAGCAGGUACCAUGAAGGCAAAGGAAAACAGCAAGAGAAAGGAUACGAGCUGGUACCCAACUUGGAGUUACCUGCGGUCAAUCCAGUGGCCAUUAAGCCUGGUGCAG